UGGACUUCCAAUACAUCCAGAGCCAUACCAGCGGAGCAAUGAAGACGUCCUUGGCGUUUCUAUUCUUUAUAGGGCUUGCUUUUGCAGCCGAAGACCACAAGGGCACGCGCUUUAUCGUGUCGUUCAUGGCCCAGUUCCGUAACUCUGUAGCUGGUUUUAAUGAACUUGUGAUCACCGCAUCUAGACAAACUACUGUACGUAUCCAGGCACCUAUUUCGAAUCUCGAUCAACAAUUUGUCCUGGACGCAGGAGAAGUCAGAAGAGUCCGAUUGGAUGGGAAUAUACGCAUGCUGUUCAACAGAGCCGAACGAAAGGGCGUCUUGAUCACUUCCAAUUUUGAAGUCAGCGUAUAUUGCAAUAAUGCUGGAAUUGCUGGUGAAUCAUUCUUGGCACUCCCGGUCUCUGAUUUUAACGCCACUGUCCCACAAGAAUUCAUUGUUCCAUCAUAUACUGCGCUAAGUAUCACCUACUCCCUCAUUGGUAUCGCAGCACAAGAAGAAAACACAAAUGUCCGAAUUGUUCCCCCUCUGCCAGAUGGUGGACAUGACUUUGCAAAUGCACAAAAUCUUGUGAUGACAGAAUACGACACAUAUCAGCUGGCCAUACGAGGAGGCGACACAACUGGCUAUCUUGUAACAUCGGACAAACCGGUUGCAGUAUACGGUGGUGCUACGUGCGUGUUUGUGCCUACUACUGUUCAAUAUUGCGAUCAUAUCGUAGAGCAGAUACCUCCAAUAUACACCUGGGGCGAGUACUUUGCCACAGCGCCAAUUCAGCCACGUCGGGCAGGAGAUGUUUACAGAGUGAUUGCAUCAGAAAAUGAUACAUCAAUCACUGCCUUUAAUUAUGGAACAAGAAGGGGUCUGAACAGAGGGCAAUUCUUUGAGUUUGAAAGAAGGUCCAAUGACUUCAACUACUUUAUCUGCUCCAAGCCUUGUCUUAUUGCCCAAUACAACAAAGGUAUUUCUGCCGACAAUCUUCGCGGUGGGACGGAUCCAUUCAUGAUGAUUGUGCCACCUGUAAAACAGUACACUGGUCCACUCAUAUUUACGACAUUCAGAAACCGCGUCGAACGAGAUUAUGCCAACUAUUUGGCAGUCAUAGCAUCCUUACAAGUCGCAGGAGGACUGACUAUCAAUGGCCAAAUCAUCCCUGGAAGAUUAUGGAGUCAAAUUCCGGGAACCAACUAUACAACUCUUAUGUUAAGCGGACUCUUGUACCGAACAUACAGAAUUGAUCACUGGGCGCCAAAUGUGGAGUUUACGGCAUUCUCCUACGGACACCAGGGUGUUGAAUCAUACGGUCACCCAGUAGGAAUGGGGUUGAAGUCCAACUUAGUCGAGGAGCUCCCAACACCACCACCAACCACACCAGAACCGACCCGACCAUCUGAAGGCCCAUUCGCUGAAAAGUGUGAUUGUACCAUUCGACGUGAGGCAAAUAGAACGGCAGGGGAAAGUGAGCCUACCGAGAUAUUGUAUCAGCUGGACCCAAUAUGGUAUAAUAACACCAAGGGAAGGUGCUAUGGAUGUGAAGAAGUAAUGAACGAUUGCAGAAUGCAGUGUGAUACUCAAAUGCGUAACCUCUACGGAACACAGGGCUUGAAUCAAUCAAUCGCAGUUAAUGGGACAUCCGGGGUGCGAUACAGACCUCUCGGGCAGGUUUUGUGUGAAGAAUAUUUGAGGACCCUCUCACCCCCUGGUUUACGCCUGAUGGCUUAUUAUGAUCCUGGCACAUGUGGUGAACUUUUCCAUACUUUUGUAGCCCCACAAGCUCUGUGUUGUCAGGAGGUUGAUAUUCCAGAAAUUGGCUUUGUUGUUGUAUGGGACGCGCAGUGCGACUCGGAUGUUGAAUGGCCAACAAAUUACCCAGUAAAGGGGUACGACCUUUAAUAGACAAGGCAUCUUCAAGCUUAACAGAAGAGUUAAACAGCUAUGUAGCAAGAACUGAUUCACUUUUUAAUUUGCUUAGAAAAUAAGUUGAUAUUACUUUACAUAGAAUUAAUGAUGGAAUCUUUUCCAUUGCAUACUGAAUAAAGACGUUAAUCUUUCGAUCAUGCCUGUAUCUAUGUUCAGUUUUGACAACGGAACAAGAUGACAUGAAAUAAGAUUUUGGCAAAAGUACAAGAAAGGGGUACGAGAGAUAAGAAAAAUAAAG